CCCCGUUUAACCUCGCUGUCCCACACACACACACUUAUCUCUCUGUCACAGUAGUCACAGUCGCAGUUUCUCAUGUCAACCACCGAACCCUUGGGCGAAAACCGGAUCCCUCAAUCGGACAACCCAAACCCGCCUGAAUCUCAUCAAAACCACGCCGACUCUAUCUCGCCGGAUCCUCUCUUACAAUCUGGUACCUUCAUAGACGCCACCGUCAAUCCCCAAGAAGAACAAACCCCAGGCAGAGCUCAAAAUGGCGGUGUAGAACACACCGAAUCACGCCAACCCGAACCACUUCAAUCUCACCAUGACGAGCCGGUGGCCGGCAUUUCGAAUUCUGCAAACGGGGUAACGGCCGCGCCGGUGGCGGAGAAGUCUCCGUCAUCGCGUCGGAAGAACAAAGUGGCGGAGGCGACGGCAGCCUCCGCCCUUGUGCCGGAGAGACCGGACUGGUUGCCGGAGGAUUGGACGAUGCAGUGCACGAUUCGGUCGUCCGGUGCCACUGCAGGAUCGAUUGAUAAGUAUUAUGUAGAACCAGUCGCAGGCCGUCGCUUCAGGUCAAAGCAAGAGGUGCUUUACUUUCUGGAAACAGGAUCGAAGCGCAAGCGGAAACUGAAUCCUGAUGCUGAUGCUACGUCUUCUGAGAGCCCUGGUGCCCCUAAACAAAAGAAAUCUGGUUCAAAGAAGAAGAAGAAGAAGCCCUCUGCUCCUCCUCCAAACUUUGAUUUUGACAAUGUGCCAGAGGAGGUCAGUUGGGUUCUGACAGAUGCGUCUAGCGGGACAUGGUCACCCUAUAUUGGUGAUGAGAAGGUCCCGCAAUCUACCAAGCAAGAGUGGGCUGCUGCACUUGAAUUUGUCAAUGCUUAGCCAUUCACAUUCCACUCCACCAGGCCACCGGAUUUCUCAUAGCUACCAGAUGCCAUUUUGCCUUCCCUCCAAAAUCUAGCUUUUGAAAUCAACUCUAUACAUUUCAUAGAAGAAGGCAGCCUCAACUGAGUUCUUUUUUUCUGUUGGCUGUACUUUAAGUGAGCUGUCAAUUGCCCUUUCUUUUUUACCCCCUCCUCACAGUAGUAGUGUUCUACCUUUUUUUUUUUUUUUUUUAAAUUUAAAUUCAGGAUGGAAUUCCAAGCAGUAUGUGUUUGUCUAAAGGAAUCUUUGCUUAUAGACAAUAUGAAGGAUGUUUUGACUAAUACCCUAUCCUCAUAUGGUUUACCAUUUAUUUUAUUUUUUGUUUAGUUU